GGCAGCCAGAGGUUCGAUGACCAUGCUUGUCGCUAUCAGUGCCAUGGUGACGCCGAACGCAAACCACAAGCGUCUUCUGACUGUUAAACUUGACUUUCUAUCAGGACGACUGAUCAGUGAGACCAAGCAUGUUCACAUAUGCUGACCAAAUGACAUCGCAUAUAUCGCCCAGCGUUUGACUUUCGACGAUGAGACAUUGUAAAAAGGUUCAAAGGUGACCAUUUACAUCCUGGGUGACUUCCAAAACACUUGCUCUACUGACAGGAAUUCGCUGCCAAAGUUACUCACUGAACAGAUCUUGAGAUGGAAGGUAUAAAGCCUUUUGAGAAGAUUCUCAUCGUCGGCGCUGGCCCUGCUGGCUUGCUUCUCGCACUCCUGCUCGCUCGAAAGGGUAUCCCCUCUACCGUACUCGAAUCAUGGGAUCGGCUGGAUGAACGACUUCGGGCUACCCAGUACGGCGUGCCCGCGACAAGAGUAUUCCAGCGAGCUGGCAUCCUGGAAGACAUGCGAGCCGAGAGUAUUGCCAGCUUCCCCAGUAUAUGUUGGAGACGUGUCAGCGAUCACAAACGGCUCGUGGGUAUUGAUUUGUCGGUACUUGAAGACCAUCCAGAUCGCAUGACCAUCCUCCCAUUAAACCAGACCAUCCAAAUCAUGUAUCGACACUGCAUCGAACAGACCAACGGGCUAGUGGAGAUCAAGUUCAAUCAUAAAGUGCUAACCGCAGACCAAGAUGACACACAAGUAUGGGUUGACGUGGAGGUUGAGGAAGAUGGGUCAAAGACUACGAAGAGAUUCUACAGCGACUAUGUCAUAGGCUGCGAUGGCGCAACUAGUACAGUCCGCAAGGCCCUUUUCGGCAGGAAUUGGCCCGGACAAACGUUUGACAGCCAUCUAAUCGUUCAAAAUGUGUGGUACGAUGGGUUUGAGAAGUAUGGUUGGGACGGAGGCAAUUAUAUGAUCGAUCCUAAUGUCUGGGGCUUGAUUGCGAAACGGGGUCAAGGAGGACUCUGGCGUGUCACGUAUGGAGACGUUGGAGGCUUCGACGAGGAUGAGUAUGUUCAUCGACGAAAUGCCGCCUUCAAAAAGCUCUUGCCUGGUCAUCCGGACCCAGGAGAUUACACAAUCACGCAAACAAACCACUUCCGCAUCCAUAACCGUUGUGUUGAUGCCAUGAAAGUUGGCAGGAUCCUCCUCGCAGCUGACGCCGCACAUGUCUGCAACCCCUUUGGGGGAUAUGGUUGUAUGACUGCAGUAUUGGACGUCGAUGGUCUUGCUGAUUGUCUAGUUGGACUGCAUCAGGGUAAAGCAGAUGCGGACAUCCUGGAUAAGUAUGCCCAAAUCCGACGGGAACUAUUCUUGCAAUACGUGGAUGCACGGUCGAUGAAGAACAUGAACCGUAUCAUGAAUACCAACCCUGACACUGUUCUCGAGACGGACAAGUUCCUACAGCUUCUUGCCGACCUUGAAGGCGACCGUGAUCGAACCAAGGCUUUCUUACUGAAAAUAUCAAGUAUUGAACAUGACUUCAAGCAAUAUUAUCGAUCAUAAUCAUAAUCUGGUUGAGUUAGAAGGUUGUGAGAUAUCAUCUUUCGACUUUCAACAGAGAAUUAGUACUCAUAUGAUUCACGAACAAUUGAUCAGCCAUAGUGUUCCUCGUCAAGAUUAAUGAUAAAUCUAAUCUAUACAUAUAUA